AUGAAACCUUUUUUGAUCACCGUUCUAAUCUUGGUUGCCAUAGCAGCUGCAACAGGAACCCCUAAAAAGUACGAGCGGCGUCCUAUGAACCAUUUUUGCAAGGUAAGUUUCAUAUUCUCAGUGUUGCGUACAUUUUCUGUUUCAAUUCUCAGUGUUCAUUUUCUUAAUCUUAUUUAUCUUCGUCUGUAGGAGAACUUCAGAAACAAACUCAUGGACUACAUAUUGAAUCAUGAGGUAACUAACUAA